AUCGGUACUACUACCACAACCUGUUCUACUCACCUUUCCUCUUUUUUCUCUCUCACAUUUUCCCUCCCCCCACCCCCCCUUUUUUUUUCUCUCUUAAUCCUCUUGGUUUCCCUUCUUUCACCUGUCAUUUCCUUUUUCCUCUCUUGCGCUACAGUCCAUCCCCCUUCCAUCUAUAUGUCUGUCCUAUCCUCAAGCGGCGAUAUCCGAAAGUGAGCUUUGCGCGGACACUUUCUGCGCAGAUCUGAGUCUGACGUCAUCCAAGCAGCAGCGGUUAGUGUGUGAUCUGUGAGCGCGAACUUCCGCUGCGCGCAAUGCUCCGAUCUCGUGUCGCUUGAGAACCCCCCCCAAUCUGUCACUUUCCCCAUCGACGUCGCCAUGAGAGAGUCGCUCUACGAUCGAAUCUGGCGCCGGGAGUCCGGGCAGGUCUCGCGCUUUGCCAGUCUCCAUGGCCUCUACGGCUCGAAGGAAUGGGUCGAAGACCUAGACAUCGUGAAUGAGCUGGGUGGACAUUCCGGCUGUGUCAACGCCUUGAGUUGGUCGCGAUCUGGCCGGCUUCUGGCAUCCGGCUCGGACGACCAGCACCUGAACAUCUAUUCCUACCAACCCGACUCCUCCACCGCGCCCUUCUCCCUCAACACUACCGUCGCGACGGGUCACGGCGCCAACAUCUUCUCGGUCAAAUUCAUGCCCCACUCCAACGAUCGGACUUUGGUGACUUGCGCCGGUGAUUCCCAAGUCCGGAUCUUCGACAUCGAGUAUUCCAACAGCAGCAAUACCAGUACUGUCGACGCCACCUCCGCAUUUUCCGCCUCUGCCCGGAGCCGACGGUUCAACAAUUUCUUCAGCAAUACGCGCUACCUAAAUGCCGGCAACACCAAUGCGAGGGUCUAUCGCAGCCAUGCGGAUCGGGUGAAGCGGAUUGUCACCGAGUCGUCGCCGUAUCUUUUCCUGACUUGCUCCGAGGAUGGUGAAGUGCGUCAAUGGGAUUUGCGUCAGCCAUCGUCCGCAUAUCCCAAACCACGAGGCGGACAAGGAUAUAUGGCCUUUCGAUCGGGACAGGAUCAUGAUGAUUCGAAUGUACCGCCCCCGCUGAUCUCGUACAAAAAGCAUCGCCUGGACCUCAACACAAUCUCCUGCUCCCCUAGUCAGCCACAUUAUAUUGCGCUGGGUGGGGCCCACCUCCAUUGUUUCCUCCAUGACAGGCGCAUGCUCGGCCGCGACCUUCAUGCGGAGAAGGGCGAUCUUGGAUCAUCCCCCGGAGGUAGUAGUCGCGGUGAGGAGGUGAUGGAUCAGGCGACGCGGUGCGUCCGGCGAUUUGCCCCCAACGGCCAACAUCGAAUGAGCACGCGCGACGACGGCCACAUCACCGCCUGCAAGAUUAGCGACGCCAACCCGAACGAGAUGAUUGUCAGCUGGUCUGGCGAUCAUAUCUAUGGCUUCGACUUGAUUCGAAGCCCUGAUGCAAGGGAGGCAGAGUCGAAACGCGAACAGUCCCUCCGGGAGACUCCGGCCCCACGCCGGCGACGAGGAUCCAAGAGUAGGAAGCGUAAGCGGCAGAAUGGAACGUCCAUGUCAUCCCAGUCCAGUGGGAAUCCGUCCCGCCCUCGUCGUCGACCUAGAGAACCUCAUGACGAAGGCGAAUUGGCGUUUCGAGUCCGCUACGGAAACGGGGAAUCGGAGGAUAUUCCACUUCCGUCCCUCUCAGAACAUCACAUCGACGUCCCCGAGAGGUUGCUCGAGCAGUCAAGAUACUCCGUGCUUACUGAAUCGCAGAGGCUUAGCAUGCAGAUCUCCAAAAGUAUGGUCCAGCUUCGUAAAGCCCUCUUCUCGCUGGAAGCAUCGGUACGCGAAGAAUACGAGUCCUCCAAUCAAGCCGACUUGACCCCGUUCGCCGAGUCGUUCUCCACCGCCCUAACAUAUGCAUCCAUCUGUCUCCCUCAAAUGGACGAGGUCAUGCGCACUUGGCGAUAUCCCCUCGAUCCUACCCCCGAUAUUGUACGCUUUCAGCAAACCAUUCGUCGUAAUCGUCAGUCUGCCUGGAGAUUUGUCCAAGCCGCGGGAACACUAGCACGAGUACUGGGAGGCGAGAUUCAAAGCACGCCUGGCGACGUAGAUCACGAAAUGGACAUGUUCCAGCGAGUACAUUCACCAGGACUUGAGCGUGCCCUGGAUCAUAAAGAACAGUUCGGCUAUGAUUUCGUCAAGGCUAUAUUGUUGUUUGUGGAAGGAGGUCGGGAUGCCCUUCUUUCGGGGUUUAGACGUGAUCCUGCACGUCGAGACAACCAGGCUAGGCUCCCAAUCCCGGAGAAUGCGGACGAUGGGGCGAUUGCGUCGGUGUUAAUCCCUUACCUCCAGCGACUUGCAGGUGACUUGCCUGUAGUGAACGUGGAUGCUUCGCGAUUCGAACACGACGAAGCUCGUAUCAUCUACCCGACUCAACGCCAAGCGGUGGUAGCUUUUGCCAAUGCCAUCAAGUAUCCAGUUGAGGACAUUCUGAAUGGCGAUGGGGCAUCAGGUGAUGCCUCAACCGGCUCUCACGACUUAUUCCAGUUCACUCAGUUCUGGGUGUUCAAGGUGGCCCGCGGGAUUCUCCUGGAAACGGGCACUGGGGUAAAUUACGCUUUCGUCAACAGAGCGUUCGGUGGCUUGCGCACUAGGUUGGAAGGUGACUCAGAAGACCUCGAGGUGGAUCCUGAAAGAUCCCAGAAUGAUCUCGAAACAAACGUCGAGGAGGAGCCCAUCCGUGACAUUGAUUUGAAGAUACUCCGGGGCUCGCGAUACGCUCGAACGCACCCUGAGGAACAGGCUGAUGAGAUUACGGCAAUGCAGGCGUCAUCAUCUCACAAUGACGACGGAAGCGGCUCUGACCUGCAGAAUACCGAUGACGACGGUGAGAGCGAGCCCGAGAAUGCUUCGGAUGAGGAUGAGAGUGAGGACGAGGACGAAGACGGGGAUGAGGAUGAGGAUGAGGAUGAGCGCAGCAAUGCCUUCGAUGAUAGCGAUGAUGACUCCGAAGCUGCCGAUCGAAUGUUUAGGGAGUAUGGUCUCCAGCCUAGAGAGCGAGAGUACGUGGAUGUCGACGUGCCAUGCUCCCCACACACCCGAGUGUAUAGAGGACACUGCAACAUCAAGACUGUCAAAGAUGUCAAUUUCUUCGGAUUGGACGACGAGUACGUCGUGAGCGGUAGUGACUCUGGCCACUUGUUUAUCUGGGACCGGAAAACCUGCAAGCUAGUCAAUAUCCUCGAGGGCGAUAGCGAGGUAGUCAACGUUGUGCAAGGCCACCCAUACGAGCCCACCAUAGCAGCUUCGGGAAUCGACAACACAAUCAAAAUCUUCUCGCCCGACCGGCGCGCUCAGGACGACGCUCGUCGCGGAGUCAACAUCCUCGACCCGGAUAAUCCAGCCAACGCGCUUGGGCUUGGGCCGAACGUCAGCGCCAUUGGUGGCCUUGGAAGCCGCAAGCGCUUGCAUGACAGUUACCGAAUCAUGAGCCAAAACGAUGUUGACCGGCAGGGGGGUAUGAGUGAGGCAUACAUCACCAGGCACAUGCUGGCCCGUCUCGCAGCCACCCUCAGGGACCAACGGCACGGGGUGACAGUGGGCGAAGGAGGUGAACAUGCCACGCUGGUUCUAGACGACAACAGCUGCCAGAUUCUAGUCCGACACCAUCUCCAUCUCUCUCUCUUCGGUCCGGUCUCUUGCAUCGCGGUCUGGUGCCAGUCAUUCAGUCACCAGCGCAUCAUCUCGGCCUGGAGUCAUUAUUUGGGUCUGUCUGGCGUUCUUUUCUUGGGUGGGGGGGAAAAGCAUCUACCGAAUGACAAUGCCAAUUCUUUUGUGUACACUGGACUGGACUGGAGUGUUGGUUUGGACUAUUUGCCCGUUACAAGUAUAUUGCUUUACCCUCACAACCCACAUCUCUACUUUGAACGGGGCCUGAUCCACCAGAAACUGGGUUUUCCCGACCUAGCAUCCGCCGACGCAUACCGCGCGCUCUCUCUGCUCGAUUCGGUCGUCGACCCUGAUGGCUGCGAGUUCCACGCUCGCCGGAAAAUCCAGGAGCCUAAGGAAGAUGAGGGCGAGGGCGAGGACGAGGACGAGGAGGACGACGAAGAAGAUGAUGAUGAUGAUGAAGAUGAAGGCUUCGUCCCCAUCACCCAGGAUGAAUACGACACCAUAAUCGGAGACGUAUACGCCCUGCUGGUACGGAGCCUGGUCAACUGCGGAUGCUUCCGCGACGCCUACGAGUUCUGCAUUCAGGGGCUCAAGCUCCUCGGAACCAUGCCCCAGAGCCCCGCCCAGGACAUCCUCCAGGCCCAGCUGGCGAUCAUCAGGAAGAAAUACCUCGCCCGCAAGGGUGCCCCCGCCGCCGAAGACGACACCCAUAUCAACCCCAGCGCACUCAACGCGCAAGGCUUCGCCCGUCGUGUCCUCUACCCCUGGAACGAGCACGAGCCGGAUCGCAAAUCUCCGGACACCCUGCAGCUCCUGAACGAGCGUCUCAAGGACGUCGCGCCCAAAUGCGAGGUGCGCGCCGUCGCUCUGCCCGCCUUACACAGCACCACCACUACCGACAAUGAACCCGAAACUGAAGAAGUCUCCAUCCAACUCGGCCUCUUCGCCAAAGAAGACAUCUCCCCCGAUGAGAUCAUCCUCCGUGAAUCCUCCCUCCUCACAGCCACCAACCGCCUCCACGACGACCUCUGCGACGCCUGCAACGCUCCCCUCCCGGACCUCUCCUCCGCCAACCCCCCCGUCGCCUGCGACGGCUGCGCAGACACCAUCUUCUGCUCGCAGGUCUGCCACGACCACGCGCAGUCCAUCUACCACGGCGCCGUCUGCGGACUCAUGGAGAACAUCGAAUCCAUCGGAAAAGACAUCCCCGACCCCAAAGACAAGGCCGAUUACCUGUACCUCCUGCUGCUGGGCCGCGCCCUCGCCAUGGCCGCCACCCAGGACUCCCACCCGCUCGAUCUCCCAGAGAUCAAAUACAUCUGGGGAGAUUUCCAUGACUUCCCCACCCCGACCACCUCCCCCUCCUCUCCCUCCCCAUCCACCGAAGAAAAAGAAGAAGAAGAAGAAGAAGAAGACCCCACCGCCACCCUCCCCUUCUCCUUCCACCUCAACAUCCUCCAACCCAUGCGACUCCUCGAGGAAAUGGAAAUCGACCCCUACGCUUCCCUCCCCCGCCACGACACCUGGGUCCUCAACACCCUGUACGCCAAAUUCCGGGGCACUGCCUCCGGCCGUCUCAGCACGUGGGACGGCGGGCCUGAGCUCUGCGCCGUCCAUCCCCUCUGGUGUCUGGCGAACCACUCCUGUGAUCCGAAUGUGCGGUGGGAGUGGGGCGGCGAGAUCACGUUCCGCGCGCGCAACGAUGGUGAACGCGCCGUUUGGAAGCGGGACGGUCAUGUCGACGAAGCGCAGCCGGCGACGAGGAGACUUGCCGCCGGGAUUAAGAAGGAUCAGGAGAUCCUGAACCAUUAUUGUGAUAUUGGGUUGAGGGUGAAGGAUCGCAGGGAGUGGGCUAGGGGUGCCUUGGGGGGUUGGUGUUUGUGUGAUAGGUGUGUUUGGGAGGCUGGGGAGGUUUGA